GCAAAAAAUGUUUGUAAAUAUUAAAAUGAAUUUAUGUGCAGAGCUAAAGUUUUUAAUUAAGUGAAAAGCGAAAACGCCGAGUGCAAACGAUAAAAACGGAAGGAAUCAUCAACGAGCGUGUGAAUUAGAGCAACGAGCUUACAUAUUCGAAGCGAUGUUCCAGUUCGAGUUCGAGUUCGAGCAGCCAGAACCCAGUUUAUUUGCAUACCUAAUGCCCGUGCAGUGAGCCUCGGCAGAUUGCGAAGCCCAGGAGCGCAGAGUACUCACCAAACCAGUUAUCACCCAUUGGCCAAUCGGAUCGGCAGCAGCCAGCUAUAGCCAUGUCCUUCGCCGGCCCACUCCUUAUAUCCUGCCUGAUCAUGGGAGCCAUUGCCUAUGGCAAUUCACACGAGCACGCCGAUGGCUUCAAGCCAGAUGGCGAAAUCCUGCGCGUCCUGGUGAACAGCUCGGCACAAAUCAAAUGCGAUGUGGGCUCCAGCCAGGCCGAUGACAAAGUGCUUCUGGUCGUUUGGUACAAGAAUAAUUUACCCAUUUACAGCUACGACACACGUGGCGCCCACGCAGGCACCCCAUCCCAUUGGCGGGACGAGGAGGUCCUCGAAGAUCGGGCCGUAUUCCGAACGCACAAGGAGCCGGCGGAAUUGAUUAUAAAUCCGGUUAAGGAAAAGGAUGCGGGCAACUUUCGGUGUCGCGUGGACUUCAAGCUCUCGCAGACCCGCAACAGCAACGUCAAUUUGGAGGUUGUCGUGCCGCCCACGCAGCCGAUCAUCUUCAACGAGCGUCGCCUGCGAAUCGAUUCGAGGGCAGGUCCUUAUGAGGAAGGAGGCAGCCUGGAAGUCACCUGCGUUGUUUACGGAGGCUCUCCGCCGCCGACAGUCAUCUGGCUGAUGAAUGGGCAGCUGCAGAACAGCGUUGUCGAUUACACAUACGAUGGCGCCAUCAACAGCAAGCUGGUGGUGCGCAACCUGUCAAGAAUCCACCAGCACGCGGUCUACACCUGCCAGGCCAGCAAUUUCCACAAGAAAUAUGUGGCCACCAACAUCACGAUCGACCUCUACCUGCGCCCUCUGCUGGUGGAAAUCAGCUUCAACAAUCAGCCGAUGUCAGCGGAUCGCAAGUACGAGAUCGAGUGCCAGGCGAUCGGAUCGCGGCCACCGGCCAAAAUCACCUGGUGGAUGGGCAACCUGGAGCUGCACGGCCACAGCCAGAAGGUUUCGGAGGACGGCAAUGUCAGCACGUCGGUGCUUUCGAUCACACCCACAAGAGAGGAUCAUGGCAAGGCCUUGUCCUGCCGCGCAACCAAUGAACUCGUUCGCAAUGGCAUUCGCGAAACGGCCAUGAAGCUGAAUGUGUUCUUCAUUCCCACCUUGCAGCUGGACCUGGGCUCCAAUCUGAAUCCGGAGGAUAUCGAGGAAGGCGAUGAUGUCUACUUUGAGUGUAAAGUGCAUGCAAAUCCGGCUGCUUAUAAAGUUGUAUGGAAGCAUAAUCACCAAAUCAUCCAGCACAACCAGCGAGCGGGCGUGAUUGUCAGCAGCGGAGAUCUGGCGCUGCAGGGUGUCACUCGUCACCAGGCUGGAAACUACACCUGCACCGCUUCGAAUGUGGAGGGCGACGGGGACUCCAAUGUGGUCGAGCUGAAAGUGAUGUAUAAACCAAUUUGCCGGCCCGAUCAAAAGAAAAUCUAUGGAGUGGCGCGCAACGAGGCCGCCGAAAUAGUGUGCGAAGUGGAUGCCUUUCCGCCGCCGGAGAACUUCAAGUGGUCCUUCAACAACACGGCGGAGACCUUCGACAUGCCGCAGAGCGGUUUCCGGCCCCAUUCCGCCCAGGGUUCGACCCUCACCUACACCCCCGUCAAGGAAAUGGACUUUGGCACCAUCAUGUGCUGGGCCGACAACAAUGUGGGUCAGCAGAAGGAGCCCUGUGUGUUCCAUUUGAUAGCCGCUGGAAAACCGGAAGCGCCCACCAAUUGUACGGUGGUCAAUCAAACGUCCGACUCGCUGGAGGUUUAUUGCAUUGAAGGAUUCGAUGGCGGAAUGCGGCAGUGGUUCCUCAUGGAAAUCUUCGACCAGCACAGUGGUCAGCUCCAGGCCAACAUCAGUGCCAAGUUUGCGGCCCUCAGUGUUACGGGUCUGGAUGCAGGUCGUCUCUUCCGGAUCUAUGUGUAUGCCGUCAAUGGACGAGGACGCAGCGAUGCCAUUGCCCUCGAUGGAUACACUUUGAAGGCGGCCGAGAAGCAAACCGUUGCCUUGACCUCCUACAAGGGCAGUGCGCAGAGCCCGGAUAACUUUGAGCUGACACCGAUCCUGUCGAUUGGCAUCUUCGUGGGCAUCCUGGUGGCCAUCGUGUGCAUCGGCAUCGGCACCAUUGCCGCACUGAAGCUGCGCUCGCACAAGCAUCAGCAGCAGCAGAAAUUCGUGCAUCCGAAUGCGAAAUUCUCACGUCCGGGCAAUUUGCAAAUUAAGGAUAAAAUCUCAUUGCCACUGAGUCACUCCGAGGAGAUGUACGACGAGAAGAAUCCCGAUGUGGUGCCCUACAACGAGGUUGAUGGCGAAUAUAAACAAAAAUCAGCAACACAAACGCCAUCGGGACAUCUUUCAACGACCAGCGAGGUGGAAAUCAGCUGCAAGCCGGGCUCAACAUCCGGCACCGGAAUCGUCCAGGCCAACUCGGCGGACAGUGGCACCUAUCAGAGCAGCAAGGACGAUGAGCUGCACUACGCGGAGCUGUCGCUGACCAACAUGCCAUCCGGCAGCAGUGGCGCCUCCAAGAAGGGCCAGCCCAUGGGCGGUGUGGGUGUGGUGCAGCACGUGGUGCAGCAGCAGCAGCAGCAACAGCAGCAGCAGCAGGGGCAGGUUCAGCAUCCCCAUGCGAUGCUGGGUGGCACCUUGCCACACGGCUCCAGUAUGCGGAAGCUGCUGCCCACCAUUCCGGCGACGGCGACGCUGCAGCGCCACAAGCCAAAUGCGGGCGGAAUGCAGCAUCCGCACCAGCACGCUCCGCCGCCCACGUACGACUACGAUUACUUUGAGGAGCCGACGAUAUAUGCGCAAAUCGAUGCGUACAAGACGAUGCAGGUGGACACUGGCACAGGUGUGGCAGGUGUCGGUGUCGGUGUUGGUGUCGGUGUAACUGGUGCGGCGGCAAGCAUCUCAUCGCCGGGGUCGCAUGGCACACCAUCCACGGUGUCGCCGGGCACCGUGCAAAUGUACACCCUGCCCCAGCAUCCCGGUGGCUACCACACACUGCCGCACAACCAUCACGCACAGCAGCAGCUGGCGGGCGGUCCGCAGAACUCCGCUUCGAUGAUGCAAAUGAUGCAGCAGCAGCAGCAGCAAAUGCACCACCAUCCUGCGUCCAACAUGCCGCCCUCCUACCAGCAACACCAGCAGCAACAGCAGCAGCAGCAAAUGGCCCAUGGCCAGAUGCUGGUCUCGAGCAACAGCAGCGGAUUGGCCUCCACCACGGCGGCCGUGGCCAGUCCCAGUAGCUCAUUAUCGGGUCUUUCGGGCGUGGGCAAGUCCUAUUCGCGCGAAAUAGUCACCGUGCGCACCCCGCUCAUGUACUCGCAGCAGGAGAGCUGCGUCUAAGGUCUCCCCCUGCUAUCUUACGGAUACACCAAGUCCCCGAUUCCACAUUCCCCAUUCCCGAUUCCCCAUUCCCGAUUUAUGUAGUCAUGUAAGUCUUGAGCUCUUCGUGGUUGGUGUCUAGGCUAAGUGUUGCCAAAACGAAUUGAAGUAGAUUGCAGCGUUCUGUGGAUUUGAAGCGAUGUGAAUCGCUUGUGUGCUCGUCGGGGAACUGAAUAUUUUUUAAUAUAAAGCUCAUACAAAGGCUGCCACGAAAUCUUCUGCACUGAGCAUUACAAUCCUAAUAUACAAACAAUAAUUCGGUUACCGCACCAAUGUGCAACCAGUAAGCCCACAUUACUUUUAACUUUAGGCCACAAAUGAAUAAUUCAAUCACGAAAUAUACAUAUUUUAUUUUCGAUUUGCGGCUGCUGCGGCAGUAACAUAUCACAUAACGAGAUUAUAAUUUAGGUGUACAUACAAACAACAAUGUUUAAUUAAUGCGUCAGAAAAAUUUGAACCAUAAUUUAAAACCCAAGCUGUAAUAUAAAUAAAUCAAAAUUCAAUGCGAAAAAUU